GUGUGUUUCUAGCAACUUCCUCCGUGUGACCUCGACCUGGGGAGUGUGUGUGUGUGCGAUUUAAAAAAAAAAAAAAAGUUAUUUCUCGCACUUAAGGAAACUUUUAUAAACUUUAAUCAUGGUUAAUGAAAGAGAAAUGAUCACAUCCGGAGAUCCUGAGGAUGAAGCUCCAGCAGAGGAAGAAGAAGAAGAGGAUGAGGAGGAAGAAGAAGAGGACAUGGUGGACCCGUUGGACACGGUGAGACAGAAGUGUGAGGAGACGGAGCAUUGUGUCCACACUCGGCACAGGCUGGAGGCGUGUGAAGCUCGGGUGAACUCACGAUCAGACACAAAAGAAGAGUGCACUGAGGAACUGUUUGACUUCCUGCAUGCACGAGAACACUGUGUUGCACAAAAGCUCUUCAGUUUAUUAAAAUGAGCUACACUACAUGUUACCUCACUGUUUAAUUAGGGAGCAGCUUUAUUCAUGAUAACAGCUCCUUGUACAUGCAAGUAUGAAUAAAAAAAAAAAAAAAAAGGACAAUGCUUUUUUUAUAUAUAAAAAAAAAAAAAUUAUCACACUAUUUACUCCAUUAGCCCACCAAGUUCCUUUUACACAAAUCCUCUCCUGUGUUUGACAUUCGAGUCAUUGUGUACCUGGAAAUAAAAAGUAAAAUAUUAACCAUA